AUGGCAGAGUUCGUCUCAGAGGAAGGUUGGACCGAAACCAUUGGAAUGGAAGAAGAAAUCCAACUUGCACCUACUAAGUUGAGUCAGACUCCUCCAGAAGUUCAAGACCCUCUCGAGGAAGUCAAUUUAGGAACCGAAGAAGACCCCAGGCCUACAUUCAUCAGUGGCCUCCUCGAUCAGUCUGUACGAACGGAGCUGAUCGCCCUUCUCAAAGAACACAAGGAUUGCUUUGCAUGGCACUACCACGAGAUGCCAGGACUCGAUAGACGUUUGGUAGAGCAUAGAUUGCCCGUAAAAGAAGGCUACAAACCAGUAAAACAGCUUAAGUGA